GUUUACUAUAAAAAUACUGGUAACAGGAAUUGAGUGUGCAAAAAAGAAACAUUCUUGUCCUUACAGCUAACAUAAUUAAUGCUUUUAUUAAAGCCUCACUCCAGUUUGUACUACUGUGAAAGUAGUUGCAUAAUGCCUCUUGAGAAAAAGACUAUUAUUCAAGAGACAUUCCAGUUUUUGAGGUCUGAUCCUUUUCAGAUAUUAAAAGAAUGUAUAUCUCAGCUUCAGCUGCAUCCUUGUUUUAUGCUUAAAUCCCCUUCUGUCUAUUCACUCCUCCCAUGUCUGACCUUCAGUUUCUGUAUUCAACACAUAUCACAGUCUUAUCUGACAUUACUUUAAUAACCAGUUUUCUGGUAUUUACUCUCCUGUGAAGAUGGUUUUUAACCAAUGUUAGCAGGAUGAUACAUUAUAUGGAAUUCAUUUUUGCACAUGUAUUAAUAAUGUGGUGUUUUCAGCUUAUCAUAAACAGGAUGUUUAUUUAAAAUAAGUCGCAAGUGGCUGAAAUAAUCAACAGAAAAGCCUGAUCUAUAACACAAAACAGUUUCAGGUUUAACGCCAGCUUUGCAGUGUCAGUGUUGUCCUCAAGUAGCUUCUUUUCCUCUGACAGGUCAUGUAAGGACAUGUUGGCACAGAGCCGGGUCGGGAAACGAAUGAGUCUACGGCUCUGCUUAAAUCUCCUAUUUAUUUCUGUGCAGCGCGUACAUAAACUCACCUCAUAAAGAAUGCAUUAUUGUGGUGAAUCGUCGUACAUUUUUGUCAAAGUUUCCAAAAAUUUUUAAAACAACCAGAGUCGCCGAGGAAUGACGUCAGGACGUAUCACAUUGAAUGAUGACGCCGUUUGAUCAUUAAAAAAUCUGCCGUUAAAAAAUAUCAGAGAAUUAGGUCAGCAAACUAACACAGCACCAACCGUCACUUUAUGAAUGUAACUACCGUGCGUUUGACGGUCCAACGUUUACAAAGACGCGCCCUGGGUGUAAAAUAACCUGUUCCGACGAGGAGAGAGAUGUCCGGUGUUUCUAGCAUCUGCAGACGGGAGCCUUAGCCGUUAGACCGGUCCGUCCGUCUGUCUGUCUGCCUCCCUCCGCUGGGUUUGGGAGACCCGCAAGCCCGAAUAACGUUAACGCUACUGUAGUCCCGGCCAGGCUGGGGCUGAAUGGUUAGCCCGGGGGAAGGAGAGACACCGACAGACACAACCAAACAGAACCCGAAGGCUGCUCUGCUGAGACCCAGGAAAUUAUUCCUCGCUUCGUCUCGACAGCCUGGUAGCAACACAGUGCACAUUUCAGUAGUUCCAAGAGAAAUAAUUCAAUGACUCUAGCAUGUGAACACAGCCAUCUGAGGCAUGUGACCAUCAACACUUCUGCCACAGAUCUUCUUUACCCUGAGUAGAAGUAUAAAGUCUUUGGUUGGACAAUGUCGAGCCGCCGGAAAUCGACCACACCUUGCAUGGUGCUGCCCUCUGAUGUGGUGGAGCAGGAAGAGGUGGAGGAGAAAACAGAAAGGACAAAGGAGGAGGAGGUGGAGGAGGAUGAGGGGAAGGUGAAGGAAGGAGCAGAGGAGGGGCCAACUGCAGAGGAGCUAGGUCAGGCUGUAGUGGUUGUCCCCACACCACCAGAUACAGAUGAGCCCAGUGUUUCUGCUUUAGAGGACAGUGAAGUACUGGAUCCCUCACUGAAGCGCAGCACUGCAAAUCCUCUUGAGGAUCCGAGCAAUGACCAGCAGACCCAGGAACAACAGUGUGAUACACCUGAAGAGGGAGGAGCAGACCCUGCAUCAGUUGGUGCCAUCUCUCUCAGUAAGACACCUAUCAUGAGGAUGAAGACCAAAUCUGAGCCCAAGAGGAUAGCUGUGUCCCUGAAAUCAGCAGACGAGGCAGUGGACGGUUUUGGAGGAGGUGUUGAAGGAGAGGUGGGUGGAGAGCAAGAGCCCAUUGAAGCUCCUCUGGGGCCGAUGACGCCUGUGGAGAUGCUGCUGCACGACUCCAUGAAGCUCGGUGGAGGCGGCUUGCUCGUCAGCCCGCACUCAGAGCAGCAGAGGAAAUCAUCCAUUUUAAACCCCACAGUUCUGCCUGCUGGUCUGGCACAGGUGCUGUCGGCUUUCCAGGCCCAGCAGAAUGCAGCAGCGGCUCAGCCACAGCUACUGAUUCCCCUCAGCAGCAUCCCCUCCUACAGUGCAGCUAUGGACAGCAACCCUCUCUUGGGCAGCACCUACAAGAAGUUUCCUUACCCCUCCAUGGCUGAGAUCAGCAGCCUGGCAGCACAGACACAGUUCACAGAGGAGCAGAUCAAGGUGUGGUUCUCAGCUCAGCGGCUGAAGCACGGUGUCAGUUGGACUCCCGAGGAGGUGGAGGAGGCCAGGAGGAAACAGUUUAACGGCACAGUGCACACAGUGCCUCAGACCAUCACUGUCAUACCGGCUCACCAGCUCUCAGCUGCUGCCAACGGCCUGCAGUCCAUUCUUCAGACCUGCCAGAUAGUGGGCCAGCCUGGCCUGGUGUUCACACAGGUCGGCCCAGGGGGGAACCUUCCAGUGACCAGUCCCAUCACCCUGACAGUGGCAGGGCUGCCCAGCCAGUCCCAGAGCUCCAGCAGAGUUUCCUGCCAACCCACCCCAACAAACAGUGAGCUGAAACGGGCUACCACUGUCCAACCUCCCUCUCUUUCUCCACAGGAGAACUCGGCCCUCAGUGCUGACACAUUCAGUAUGCGACCUAAGAAGUCCAAAGAGCAGCUGGCAGAGCUGAAAGCCAGCUACCUGAAAAACCACUUUGUCACUGAUGCUGAAAUUGCACGGCUGAUGAAGCUCACCAACCUGACAAAGGGAGAGAUCAAGAAAUGGUUCAGUGACACCCGAUACAACCAGCGCAACUCCAAGAACAGCCAUGUCAUCGUUUUCCACGAUGGAGGGAGUAGAGGAGGUGGCAGCUGCAGCAGCAGUGCUAGCACCACCAUUGUCAUUGACUCAAGUGAUGAGACCCCCACAUCUCCCCAUCCUCCCUGCACACCGCCCGUGAAAGAGAAGGAGACACGGCCUAAAACAUGGAACCCAUUCCCAGACUUUACCCUGCAGAAGUUUAAGGAGAAGACACCUGAACAGCUGGUGGUGCUGGAGGAGAGUUUUGAGAAGAGCAGCACCCCAUCAGAUGAAGAACUGAGCCGACUGAGGACAGAGACUAAACUGACGAGGAGGGAGAUUGACGCCUGGUUCACUGAGAGACGAAAAAUGCCGGCUGUCAGCACCUCCUCCCCGGAUUCAGAGGGAGGGAAGAUGGAGACUGAUGGAGCAAAAGCUGGAGAAGGAACAGGAGGAGCAACCUCUUCUUCUCCUUCUGCCUCUUCAUCUCGUAAAGGUAGUCAAACUCCUCCGGGAGGUCGCAGUAAGCAGCUGCCCACCACCAGCAGCAGCAACAAGGACAUUAAAGAUAAAACUAAAAAGUCGCCAGAGCAGCUCCACAUCCUGAAAUGUGCCUUUGUGCGGACCCAGUGGCCCACACCAGAGGAGUACGACCAGCUGGCAGAAGAGAGCAGCCUUCCUCGGUCCUACAUUGUCAGCUGGUUCGGGGACUCUCGUUACUCCUGGAAGAAUGGAAACCUGAAAUGGUUCUUUCAGUACCAAAGUGGCAAUGUUGAGGGGGUGAGUGUCAGCGGAGGCAACAAGAUGGGAAGCAGCAGUGGCAGCAGCGGUGGUCGAAAAAGACGUGGCCGAAAUCGUGGUUGGGGACGGUCCAAAACCAGGAAGCAGCCGAGAAGGUCUGCCUCCUCCAGCGCAGAUAUAGACAGAGCUCCACCAUCAAAGAAAUUCAAAAGUGGGAGGGAGAUCCUGAAGGAGUACUAUCUGAAGUACCGCUUCCUCAAUGAGCAAGACCUGGAUGAGCUCGUCACCAAGACCAAUAUGAGCUAUGAACAGGUGAGGGAGUGGUUUGCCGAAGUCCAGCGACGCUCGGACAUGGGGUCAGAUCCUUUCCAGGAGCUGGCUGCAGGUAGGGGGGACAGAGACCAAGGAGAAGAGGACAAAGACGUGACACAAGGAGAGGCGUCAACGGCCACCGAGGAUCAGACUGGCGCUGGGAUGGGAGAUGAAGAUGAUGAUGAAGAAGAUGAGGAGGAUGAUGCUGAUGAUACGGACGACAGCGAGGUUUGGGAACCAUCACGUAGUGUCAGGAAAUCCCUGUCAGUUUCUGAAGACUAAUGAUUGUGGAAAGCAUGGUGAAUCAUUACAGAAUGUUACAAGAGAAAUUCUGGGAUGAUCAAUGCUGGAGGACAGUUAGCUGAACCAAGUCUUUAUGCUGGUGUACACAUUUGCAACAUUAACUGUUUUUUCAAACUAUUUCUGAAUCAUGUCUACAUGAGACUAACGGACUAGGCUCACUCUCUCAGUACUCAUCUUAUUAACUGUAAUGUGUCACAGAUAAGACAAUAAUCAUGGUAAAGAAGAAGUUUUUAGCAAACCCUUCAAAUCCUGAGUGGCACAGUAAAGUCUGAUAAACCUUUGAAAACAGCAGUUACACAAUAUUUUGUCAAAAAGGAUCCCAUGAAGUACAAUCUUCAAGCUGAGCUGAAGAUAAAAACCAUCAACAUGAGAUAGCUGCCCAAAAACAUGUUAUAUCCAAGCAUGUCCAUACACCCUCCUUUAAAACCAACUGAUGAAUACUGACUGAUGUAAAUGAGGGAUUUUCAGAGAACUGACAGCUUUAAUGUCCACCAUGCUCCUUGUUAAAUUUGCACUCCUUGCUUGCUUAACUGAAGCCAUUAAGGGAGAUUUAUUUACACAAUUAUGCUGCAUUUCCUUGAGAAGGAGUUUGUUAUGCUGUUGUGAGCACAGGCCUAAAUUCAAACCUAAAUUUCCAAUGUUGAAUGUUUCACCCAUGGUCCCAAACUAACUGCACACACAGAAAAAAAGACUCAAAAGUAUCUGCUGUGUCUACAAAGGUGCUUAAAAACUUGUCACAGCUAGAUGUCACUGCGGAGCAAUGUCCCUACUGAAACUAGCAUACAUCUACACAUUUAUUGGUGGAAUUGGGUGACGUUACGUGUUACAAUAUUUUUUUUUCCAGCACCUGUGAAGAUCAGAGCAUAGACCAGGUUGUUUGAGCUGACAUUACUGGAUUAAUAAUGACAUUGAAAAUCAACUAUUUAAUCUCUCUGGGAUAAAGGCCAAGAUGAGAGGGGAAAAGUACCUUAAUGCUGAAUGAAUGCCAAUGCCAUGAUACUUUUAAAUAACACAGGAUGUCUACUCAAGUCUUCCCUUUAUAGUGGCUCAUUGACAUUAUUAUUAUUAGUAUUAUAGAUUUUUAACUGAGCACCUGUAGAUCUGAUGGAAAAAUGCCACAGUAUGUGUUGUGAUAUGCACUGCUAUUAAUGUUUUUAAACAAAAUUUUUCACCUUUUGAUAGAACUCAUCCUGUGCUAUUAUAAACUUUUUAAAGGGGGUAUGUAGAUUCAAACAGAAUGAGGCUUUAGUGCCAAAGUUGAAUGUGUCUCCUUAGCAGUGAGCUACAGUUUAAAGCAGAGGCACAGUUUGUGAACUAAAAAAUGGCCACUGUGCGUUUCACUCAGAGUUUGUUCAUGGUGGGCUUGUGGUGGAUUGAAUUGAUGGACUGAAUUUUUAAGAUGGGGAUGCAGUUUUUCCCAAACUGUGUAAAUGUAAGCACGAGCUGCAGCUCCGGUGUGAAUUUACAGUAAAUCAAUCCACAAGUUAUCACCUUGACAAGACUGCUAUCACCACCAAAUCACCGACACAUUGCCUUUAGGUUUGGGCUCAUGUCAAAAACGAGGCCUGCUAAUCAUUUUGGGUCCUGACCUGUACUUAAAGAAACACUGUUUAACAGUAUUUCAGAUAAUAAUUUGACUCCAGUCUGCACUGAAGAGAAAAACGUGAAGCACCUAAACUAAACUUUUUAAAAAAUGCACUUUGUCCACUUGUGUUCAUAGUGGACUAAAUCUGAUUAGGCACCUUAAUCUCUUAUUAGACCAUGAAAUGGCUCUGAGAGACCAAAUCUGUUUUGUAUGACUAAGAACUGAAUCAGUAUUUUGCCUUUUUUAUCCUUAGUGUGUUUUCAAGGGGAGGAUAUUACCAAUUUAUCCACUUUUAUAACAAUAUGUGUUGUUUCAUAUUUGGAUGUUUAUAUGGGUUAAAAAACUAAAACAAUCACCUACUGCUUUAUUUCGCUAAAUUGCACAAUUUGAGCCUAGUUUGUAAUCAUUUCUCCUUUUGAAAAUGUGCAUGUGUUAUAUUUGUCGUUACGUUUUUUACUGUUGCUUUAAAUCGUGGGAAUUGUCUCCCAUCUCUCCCUCUCUGCUCCCACAUGUCCCCAUUUGACUCUCCUCUCCUCUCAUCCAGCCCACUUUUGUAAAACGAAUGCCUAGAUUUCAUGAUGUGCACUUCCCAAGACAUGCUUCUGUAAAUGUUAGCAGUGUCCUGUUGGUUCUCUGUCUUGUUAAAUUGUCUACACCAUAGACAGACAGACUGACAGGGCUAUAAGAACAUUUUUAAAAGACUGAAACCAUUCAGAAAAUCAAAAAAGAAAUUCUUGGAAAAUUCACUCUCACUCUCUCUCGUGGAGGGAACUGUUGUGAUGCCUGAAGAAACAGCACAGCUUUCCCUCUGUGGUGGGAAGUCUACCAAAUAACACUCCUCUUUCUGUUUUCUUCAUGCUUUACUGCAUUAAGAUGACAGGACAAUAGACUGAAAACUGUCUCGACUACAGUUAUUCACUGACAGGGGAGAGACUGAUGAAGCUUUGCAGAUAAACCUAUGUGCCUACAUGGCUCGUAUACUUGUUUGAACAGAAUUUCAUCAACUCUCAACAAAAGAUGUUGAGAAAAUUUGUGAAUGCUUUGGAAAAUCUGAAAUUGUUGGGUGAUUCUUAAGGAAGGCUUGUUCAAACUAAGGCGUGAUGCAUGACCGAGCUCUGCUUUCUGCUGACGCUAAAAGAUGCCUAGAUACUCUGAAGUUGACAUCAGAAACUUCUGUUGUAAGUCCUUAAACAAAUACCUUGGUGUUCAGAAUUUUAUUGUAUUUUGUUACCAAGCACUUGUCACACUAAAUGUUGGCACCUUUAGCUCCACAAAAUGCAUUUUAGUAAGUAUCUUUGAAACAAAUGUUGGCUGUUAGCUGUAAGCUAAGAUAUCUAGUUUAUAGCAACUGAGGGGAGGCUGAAACACUUAAGUCAUAAUGUGACAAGUGCCUGGCUAUUAAAAAUAGCAAAUUCAAAAUGUUAAGGUAUACCUUUGUCUAAUACUGCAUGCAAUAACCAAGACGAACAACUGCUCAUUUUGUACAUACAGUAUUUUGGGUUGGUAUACUUGACACAGCAGAAGCCUAAUCUGGGGUUACAUUUUUGUGUAGCUUUAAUAAUAUCAGUUACUGUUUAAUGACCAAGUUGACUGCAGCCAUGGACCUUUUUUCUUUUAAAAAAUGGUUUCUGAAUAUUUUCAAUGAUUGACUCUAGAACCAGUCUUGUCACUGUUAGCCUGGCCAAGAAUUUGUUAGCUCCAUUUUGAACAGAGUACUUUGCAUGGAGUUUUGUUAUCACCACACUUGCGGGCAUUCUUUGGCAGCCAUUUUGUGCCCAUUUGUAACCAUCUGAAUCCUUGUACUUCACUUGCCGAUUUCAAUACAUGGUAUAAAAUGACUGUCCACAAAUGGCUUGGUUUUAUCCACAGGUUAGGCUUAAUGUUGUAUCCAGGUAUCCAACCCACAGUCUUUUACAGUGUGCUCUUUCUUUACUAUAGUCAGCCUGUUUUGAAUGGUUUUAUAUGUUUCUAUCUAUGAAAACUGUCAUUACAAGUCUGUCCAGACAUCAGUGGAUUGCUUGUUAACAAUACCGACUCAUACAAUACGUACAAGAGUAGUGUUUUUGAAAUAGAAUCUGUUUUAGAGUUCAGUGUUGCCUGAGUGGCUUUUUGGUACUUUGGUUGCAAAAAAUAUAAAAUUAGAACUCAAUAGAAAAAGACAUGCAUUUAGUUCAAGGAAUUGUAAAGACUAUAAUUCUGGUUGCACCUGGGGAAUUAUUUUGCUUGCUAAUAAUAUGUUAAAACGUGAGGCUUUACACACCAGCUGUGUUAUGAUGGUAUAUUAAAAAUAACAGAAUAAUGAAUAGAAAUGUUAGUGUCACUUGAAGUUGUUUAGAGAGGCACAUGCCUGACUCAACACAUGAUGUUCAGUUUACAUGUCAUGAGGAGUAAAACUCAGCCUUUGUAUGAUGUUACCUGUGGCUGUGGAGGGAGCAUAGUUAAACAAAAUUCAGGGCUAUCUCAGAUUUAUCUUGAGACUUCAAAUUUAUAAAUUGGUGAGGGGUUUCAAAAAGGCAGGAAUUUAGAACGUAGGUUGAGUCUAUUGAAAGACAGAUCUGUUCUCCUCAUUUAGUGACAGAUUUUGAUCACGACAGUUCUCCGUAUCAGGUGAAUGAUAAGAGUGUUGGUAGACGAAGAGCCAGCCAGGCUCCACUAUAGUGUCCGCUACAAAUCACGUUUUGAAAUAUUUUCCCCAGGUCUGUUGAGGUGCUGUGUCUCUUCUCUGAGUUUUGAUUUUAUAUCCAUCACUCAUAAUGUAUCCCAGUUAACCUUGUGCAGUAGAGCUACAAGCUAACAUUGUGAUCGGAGUAGUUUACCUGUUGUCCUAUUUAAGCUCAUAUGUCAUAUCUGUAUCCUUCGCUGUACUUCUGCUAUGGUCCUCACUCGUUUUCUGUAUUUAGACAAGUGGUUGGUUGAAUGUUUCUUACAGCAAUCAGAGAUUCAAAUGUUUUCACUAUAUAGCAGCCAGCUUUUUGGUAAAAAACAAAACAAAACAACAUUUUGUCAGAAUUGUAAUAUACUGUACGUAUAAAUGGAGAUUUUUUAAAAUUCAUUUACAGUGAAAAUUUCACCCUCUGGUUCUUUUGAUCGAAGUUUUAUCUGCCGACACCUGCUGUUUUUAUCUCAAGUUAUUGCUUCUAAUGAGCGUGCUUUGCGUUUAACUGCUAACUUAACAGUUUUCUCUUUGUUCCUGCUUCAGUACAACUCAUAUUUCCAGGCCUGUUUACUGAGUGAUGAUAGUGAUCUCUCAUUUCCUGUAUGUAAAGUUAGGGUUGGUUCCGUAGACACAGACACUAUAGGAAGAAUACAAUGAUCUAACUGUAUACUCAACCUUAAUAAAUGGGUGUGUGUAGAUUUCAAGAAAUCUCAUAUUUACUGUGCCAUUUUAAAAUGAUGUCACCCCUGACUUUAACUGACAUUUAGAACCAUUAAAAAAUAAAAAAUAAGCUGUGAUUUCAUUCCUGAAAAAAUCCACCAUGAACUGGUACACCUCACCCAGUACACCUGAUUGAUGACUAUAUUGGAUUCUGGGAAUCAAACUGACUUGUACUGAGGUUGUACUUUUUACAGGUGAUGUAGGCAAAGAUGAUUUUUCUGUCCACAUCUUUCGUGACCAAACUCCUCAACUAAAACAGUUCAACUUGUUAUUCUGUGUCUACGGAAGUGACAUCUCCAUCUACACUAAGUUAUUUCUAUGCUCUGCCUGUACAUCUGAAAUGUGUUAAAAACUGAGAGCAUCUGUCAUGAACUUUGAUUAAACACGGUAUGUAUGUGUGAUCUCCUCUGCAGGCUUGCUUUAGAGAGCUAAAAAACAGUCUUUGUGGCCCCUGCAGUCAUCAACUUGAAGCUACCAGCUGUGAGGCAAACAAUUUGUGCAAUGUUAAUUUAAAAUCCCAGCUGUUAUUGAGGCUCUGGCUUGAUUUUUAGCUUGAUUUAGAAAAGAUUUAUAUUUUAUACUUGUUUGAGGACAAAACCCAAUAAAUUUUGAUCAAAAGAUA